UUAAAAUAAGGGAAAAAAGACUAUCUUGUAAUUUUCCAAGCUUACUAUAAAUUUUGUGGCACAUAACCUUUUGACUCAAGUUUUUAGUAACACUAACACACACUUUUCUCCUUUGCAAAAUUUAUGUCUUAUAGCUAUUUUCCCAUUAGUUACCAAAGAAAGAUGGAGUACAACCCUAAUAAAUCUGACCAAAUAAGAUGGAACUCAGAUGAUAUAGGUGGUCCUGGACAAGUUAGGUCUUAUUCUUGUACCUUUUGCAAGAGAGGAUUUUCAAAUGCACAAGCAUUAGGAGGCCACAUGAAUAUCCAUAGAAGAGAUAGAGCCAAGCUCAAACAAUCUUCCGAAGAAAAUUCGCUUUCUUUGGACAUCUCAAACAAGAACACGAAUGGUCCUGAUCAUAUUGAUUUGGAACAGAAUCAUGAAACUCAAAGGGGAAAGUUUACAAAAGAAUUUCCUCGUAGUUCUUCAUAUGUUGAUAUAAAGGGAGGUGGUGUUAUGGCUCAAAGGAUUGAAGAGAAGAAAUGUGAUAUAGACCUUGAGCUUAGGUUAGGUUAUGAUCCAAUAGAUUCAUCAACAUUGAGCACUCGAUCGUUCUUUUGAGUUUCAUGCCACUCGAUCGACAUUGAGCAAAAUUAAUUAGGUCACUUUUUAUCGUA